AUGUUGCUGGUGUUCGCCGUUGUAGGACUUAUUUUCACUGUGGAUCGCUACAUUUUCCGAGUGAAAAGGCAUCUUAAUCUUCCACCUUUAGUAGAUAUCCCAGAGGAUCAAAUGUUUCGCCAUCCAAGACAAGCUUAUGAAACUGCACUAAAGGACCAUGGGAGAAUAAUCAGAGUUCUUCGUAGAGGGAGAAUAGAGUACAUUGUUGACAACACCCUCGUUACAGAUGUGCUUGCAAAUGAGGCAGAUUUUAGCUUUGAGAAGGGGACGCUUUCACUUCUAAACAUGGGGAUUUUGUUACACCUUCCUCGAAGUUUCGUAGGCAACCUGGAUCAGUUGGUAUACGAUGAAAUCAUUGGGAAGAUUGAAUUGACAAUGGAUAAGAUCUCUCCAAUUUUUUACAGAGUAAUCGGCAAUUUUCAGGAAAGCGUAAUCAGGGCGCCAUCGACUCCCGUGGACGUAACAAACAUGGUGCACAAGAUCAUGUCAGAAGCAAUGCUGACACUGAUAAUGGGAAAGGAAUACACAUCAGAGCAAAACAUCGAUUCAGUGCAUCACAUUUCCAGGGAGGUUGCCGCUUUAGCCGGCAUUUUUGAUAACACCAAUACAUGGGCGCGCACAUUCCCAACGACAUGGCGGAUCUGUAAUUGGAUUUCGAUUAUGUGCUUUUCAAUUCCAUAUUACUUUUUUAGAAUCGCACGUCAAGCAUACAAGGAGCUAUCGCAAUUGGGCGAGGACUUCGGUACACAUCAAGAUAGAAAAAAGGGUGAUCGAUCUGUGAUGUUCUUCUUUGCACAACGAUAUAUUGAUCCAAAAACAAAGAAAAUCGGAUUUCUUGACAAGUUGUGGAUUCUUUUCCUCCUUCUCGGAUUGAUUUUUGCAUCUGUUCAUCAAACUGCUGUGGUUAUGAUCUGGGUUAUCCUGGAGAUCGCAAAGCGUCCCAGUGAUAUCCCAGGGCUUAGAAAGGAGAUACGUACGGAGACAUGUAGUGAUGGUACUGAGCGCUUAACCUAUGCAUCACUUCGCAAUGCGGAACGCCUCGACUCUUUCAUUCGAGAGGUGAUGCGUAUGAAAGGCGACACGUUAAGUACUGUGCGUUUGUCCGUACGAGAUGUCAAGCUGGCUGGAUUUGAUAUACCAAAAGGAUCAUACGUCAUCCCACUGGCUUCACUCUCGAAUAGAAGUCAAGAAUAUCAUGGCUACGACGCCGAACAGUUUGUUUCUGAUCGUUGGGUCGGUACCGGGAAGCCUGCCAUUAUGGCUGGCCCUGGUUAUUAUCCUUUUGGGCUAGGGCGAUUUGCCUGUCCCGGACGCACCCUUGCCGUUUCUGAGAUCAAACUCGCUGUUUUGCUCUUGAUUGAGCACCUCACACCCACACUUGUUGGAGGAGAAUACGAGGUUCUGGAUCCACUCAAUGUCGUUUCGGUAGCUCCCAAGGGCAAAGUGCUGUUUGUUCCGUUAGCCAACGAGAGUGGGAAAUUUACUGAUCAGGGUACCAAAUCAUUCCAUAUCUAA